UUAUGCUUUAUUACUACAUUAGAAGUGUUGAAAGUGAUUUUUACAAUACAAUUGUAAUAUUUUAUAGUAACAAAAUAAAAAGAAAGUCCCAUAGUGUUUGUAUUGGGAGAAAAAGCUAAUUAUAAUUUCCAAACUCUAUUGGAAGAAAAGUGGAAGAGUGUAACCAUGAACAAGUAAGCUACAUAUUCAGUAGUGCGAACGAUGAAACUGGAACAGAAAAAAUCAAAUUAUGAUAAUCUUAAUGUAAGUUUUACACGUAGCGUACGUGGUAAUAAUUUGCUAACAAUAAAUGGUAAAAACUAUACCUUAAAUCGUCGCAUAAAAGAUGCCUGCUACUGGGAAUGUGUGAAAGUACGAUGCAAAUAUACAAAAUGCUCAGCACGAGUUAUAACAAAAUACAAUCGUAUUGCCUCCUUAAGAGGACAACAUAAUCAUAAUUAAAUUGAUGAUAAGUAAAUAAUAUUAAGUAGUUUAUUAACAAAUCACACAAUAAAGUACAAUUAUGUUAAUUUAAAUAUUUGUUUUAAAUACAAUUCAAUUGUUAAAUACAGACAUUUUAUGUUAAAUAUAAAUUAAUGUUAAUAUCUAUAUAUAUAUAA